GUCGUCUCGCUGUGUUGUUGUUGGAUGUUGUUGUUGAGUGAUGUGAAUUGUGUUGUAGUUAAUUUGUUGAGGACUUGAGAACCAAAAGUACUAAGGCAGCAUAAUGCACGAGUGCUUCCUCGAAAUAGCGUACGAGGCGGAACUAAACACGAGCGAGGACCCCGAGUUGUUGGAGAUCGCACCGCAGCUAUGCAACGAGACCCCCGCUACUAGGCUCUCAGGACUGACGGAGCUGCGGAAUAUGAUAUACGAUCGCGAUGAAUGCACACCUCCAAGGAUGGACGACGCGUACCUGCUGCGUUACCUCCGCGCGCGGAAGUUCGUCGUACCAAGGGCUUAUAAGUUGCUGGUCCGCUACUGCCAGUUCCGGGAGCAGUACCCACACCUGUACCGCGGCGUGGACCUGUGGGGGCUGAUGAGGGUGGGCUGCGCCUACGAGGGCUCCAUGUACGACCGACCGGACGUCGGCAGACUGUCCGUCUUUCGGUUUGGUACAUGGGACCCCAACGAGUACCCUGUGGAAGAUCUCCUUCGGGCGGGGAUGGCGAUAUCCGAGAUCGGCAUCAGACAGCCCAAGAUGCAGGUGAUGGGCGGAGUGGUGAUAGUCGACCUGGAGGGUCUGACGUUGCGCCAGACGGCAACCCUGACGCCGAGUAUUGCGUAUCAGAUUACUUGUUUGAUGGGGAUAGCGCUCCCAGUCCGAGUGAAAAGCUGCCACAUAAUCAACUACUCCUGGGUACUCCACACCUUCAUAUACCUGUUCAAACGCUUCAUACCCCAGAAGACCUGGGAGAGAAUCCACUUUCAUGGUUGGGAUCUGAAGUCCCUCCACAAACAUAUAGACCCAGAAUGCCUGCCGCCGCGCUACGGGGGUACCUGUAGGAACCACGUACCCAUAGGUACCUGGUUCCAGAAGAUCAAGAAAUACAGGGAUGAGCAGUUUGAUAAGGAAAUGAAGGAUCUAGGGUAUCUGGUUAAAGAGUGAUUGUGAUCGGUUCGCGAGCGAGCUCUGAGGAUUGUUAUGGGAAAAUUCACGAGACUAUUUUAACAGGCAUUUUUAAACUGGAAAUGGUGAAUAUUAUGCAAAGAUCGGAGCAGAGGGCGCUACCAGCGCAUACAGUAAA